AUGAAAAGAGCAUUUUUAAAAGUAAUAAAAUAUGAGAUAAUCCCGAAUAUACAAAAUAACAACAAAAGCUACUACUUUUAUAGUACUGUAAAAAGACGGUUUGGAGAAUUAUAUCAACCAAAAACCCGAUAUGAAAAAAAAAAACAUUUAGAAAUUAUUAAUGAAGUUUAUUUUGAUAUGACUGAUGCUAUGAAUGAAAAAAAUAAAUUAGAAAUAGAAGAAUAUAAAAAUAUUGAUAAAAAUAUUUCUGAAAUUAUAUUAAAUCAUACUAUUUCAAAAAAAAAUGAAGUCAUUCGAAAUAUUAUGAAAUAUUGUAUAGAAAUUAGUUGUAAGGAGAAAAAAGGAAAAUCGGACAAAUCUGAAAAAUCUGAAAAAACUACACACCUCAACCAUAACAAUAACAAUAACAAUGAACUAACUGAUACAACAAAAUAUUAUGGAGGUAUAAAUAAAAAACAUGAAUUCGAAGAAGACAUUUUAAAUGUUAUAAAAACUAGUGUAAUGGAAUAUAGCAACCAAUUUAAUUCAUGUGAUAUAGGAAUUUUACUAAAAUGUUUUAUUAAAAUUAAAGUUGAUGAUAUAAAUCUUAUUAAUACUUUAUUUCAUUAUUUUUUUAAAAGAAAUAUGAAAUUCUCACAAUAUGGUUCUUUGUAUGUAUUAAAUGCUUUUGCUAAAUUUAAUCUAUUACCAAAGCAUGAAAAUUAUUUUAAAUUAUUAUCUUCCCAUAUAUUACAAAAAUUAGACAAAUUUGACUUUAAAAAUAUUCCUUUAAUAUGUAAUUAUUCUUCUUCUUUAUAUUUAUAUGACAAAGAAUACAUAACUAACUUUAUUGAGCAAAUUUGCAAUUUUUUAAUAUCAAAUAAUUAUAUUAUUAUAUGUCCUGAAGAUAAUAAAAUAUCUUAUUCUCCAAAUACAACUGAAUCAAAUAAUAUAAUUCCCAACCUUAACAAUUCUACUUACAACAUAAAUCAAGUUGAACAACUUUGGUCUGCCGAUUCAAUACAUUACGUUACGAAUGCAUUAGCUAGAGUUAAUUAUUUAAAAAAAAAUUUAUUUGUUUUUUUCAAAACUUUAAUAGAAAAAAAAGUACCAUUUUUUUCAAUAGAUCAAUUAGUAUCUCUAACCAAUGCAUUUAGUAAAUUUAAAAAUGCAGAAGAAUCUAAUUUUUUGUCUUUAUAUUUAUUAAUAGCUGAACAAAUUAUAAAUAAAUCAUAUUUACUUAAACCUAGACACUUAAGUGUUUUAGCUAAUUCAUUCAAUAAUGCAUGUAUACUACACCAAAAACUUUUUCAAGUUAUAUCAGAAAAUAGUUUAGCGCAAAUAAACUUAUUUGAGCCCAAACAAAUAAUUAUGAUUAUACAUUCCUAUGUAAAUAUAGGACUAGGAAAUAAUAUAUUACUUAAAUCUAUUUGGAAUUAUGCAAUUCUAUUUAUAAAUGAAUAUACAAUACAAGAACUAUCUAUGCUAUUACAAGCAUAUACUAAAAGCUCACAAUAUAUUGAACAUUUUAUAAAUCAAUUAAGUCAAAAAAUUUUGCAGUUCUUUAAAAAAACAUACCCAUUUUUAUUUGAAAGCUACAAUAAUAUACUAUAUGAUCACCAAAAAUAUAUUAAUCUAUCUAUAGAAUUUAAAAAUAAUCAAAAAAGUAUUUCCACAAACAUAACAGAUAAAUAUAUUUCUUUAUCUUUUUAUCUAAUAUAUAAUUAUCCCAAUUAUAUUAAUUUUAUAGACACACUAAAAAAUAAUAAAACAAAAAAAAAUAACCUUAACAGUGUUAGCACAUUGCUAGAUGAAUAUAAAACUGAUAAUUCUGUUAAACCCAAUAAUUUAGUAACAGAUCACGAAAAAAAUGAUGAGAUAGAAAAUACUAAUACCUUCCAAAUUGAUAACACUUAUACAAAAGAUACAUAUAUAAAUAAAAACCAUGACAACAAUACUUAUCCAAAUGAAAUAAAUACAAUUCAAUAUUUUUUAGACAUUGAAAAAGCUGAAAAAUAUUUAAUUAAGCAUAUGAAUAAAUAUACUAAUUCAACUUUAGUUUGCUCAAUAAUAUAUUCAUUAAUUAAAGGAAAUUGCUUAUUAGAAUAUGAACUACUAAUUUCUUUAUCUAAAUUAGCAAUUAUUUAUUUGAAAAAUUUUAAAUAUUCGGAACUUGCCAAUGUAUGCUCUGCAUUAUCACUUGCUUAUGUUCGUUCAUCAGAAGAAAAUAAUAAACAAGUUGAAUUAAUAUCACAAUUUACAAAAAAUAAUAAUAAUGCUACCAUUUUAGAGGAUUCACACAUUGACACCACACAAACAUAUAAUGAUCAAAUUUAUAAUUCAUCUAAAGAUUUUUUAAAUAUUUCAAAAAUAUUUUUUGAUCACGUUGAAACUUAUUUAUUAAAAAAAACAAAUACAUUCACAGAUGUUUAUAGUAUAUAUAAAUUUAUAACAUCAUUCGGAGAAUUAAGGAUGAAUAAAUAUUCUAAUGUAUCACUACAUUUGUUUAAGUUAUAUAUAAUGGAUAUUAAAAAUUUAUCAUAUUUGCCUCUUCAAAAAAUCACGGACUCAUUUAUGCAAAUGAAUGUCUACAACGAAGAUAUUUAUGCAUUCAUAAAAAAAAUACAAAAAAUGAAGAAAAAAAAAUGA